AUGACUGACCCUGAAUGCUCCACGAAGAAGAAGAAGCUCGACUUUGAUCGGCUGGGUCACUACCACGAGAAGGAACUGCACCAACUGGAAGUGUUAUGCCGUCGGCGUCAACAGCUGCCUGCAUCUACUGGUGGUGGCGCUGCCCAUCCGAGCGGCGAGUUCCUGUUCACAACCACAAGCGUGAUCGUUGAAGCAGAGAGUGGCACUGGGAAAAGUGCGCUUUUGGAUGCCCUGUGCAGCGAGUUGGAGAAGGGCGGGGUGCCGGACAACCAUUGUUUUCGCACGGUCACAACCAGCGCGUGUUUUUACUGCCGAGGCAAGUUCGAAGAACGAGCAGCUGCAUCAGAACCCUUUGCCGCCAUUCGGGACGCCAUGGGUGGGCUCUUUGAGGGUAUUAUAAGCCGGAAUGCUGCUUUUGAUGCCACUUGCAUCCGACAAACUUUGGGGCCUGACCUGGGGAUUCUCAUGGCGGUGUUUCCAAAUCUAAAGACAGUGUUGGGAGUACCUGACAACACUACUACGUCUGUUGUGGAUGAUAAGGAUGAUGGCAAUCUUGCCACAUUGGAUGGAUUUGGCAACAUGACACAAAUGGAGUGGAGAUUUGAACGUCUACGCUUUGCCUUUCGUGCACUGAUACGGCAUGCCCAACAAUAUGGGAACGUGGUGCUACUGCUCGACGAUCUACAUAAUGCAGACCUGGACAGUAUGGAGCUGAUCAAGACCCUCAUUCUUGAUUCCAUCACGUUUUGCCAAGCAAACGGAUGCUUCACCUUUGUGGGGACAUCCCGACCACUCGAGGGGUAUCGGCACCCGAGACAGCUGGUGGAAGAUGUUCCCGAUGAUGCACUCACUGUGAUGGGUGUCUGGAAGCUGUCUACCGAGUGCAUUGCGACAAUCUGCAACACAUUGAUGGACGGACCAGGCAUGUCUAACAAUUCGCCUUCCCAGGAGACGAUGGAACUUGCGGGGUGCUUACGAGAAAAGUCAGGGGGCAAUGCGUUUGUGCUUCUCCAGCAUCUGCGGCGUUUGGAACAGCAAGAGUUGAUAUAUCAUGCCAUGGACGAAGGAAAUAUACACGAACAACAAUGGAAGUGGAUUAUUGACAGAAUACAGGAGGAUGUCAGUAAGAAUGAAAAUGUCAAUGAAAUCGUGGCGAAUGGCAUCGAAACGCUGAACACACAGACCAAGUCAGCAUUGAUUGUGGCGGCAUCCUUUGGCGUGUCGCACUUUGAUUUGGCCACCAUCAUUCAUGCCAUUCCCGUCGUGGCUUCAUCAUGUUUGAAUCAGGGUGAAGCCAAAGUGGAGAUGCCGUUAGCAGAUGAGUUUGACAGCAGUGAUCCGUACGUGGUUCGACAAUCCAUGAAACUCUUUGGCGUUGAGCUCUCAAAGGCUGUCGAGCUUGGGUAUAUUAUCGAGCUGUCUCCUCCAGGUCGCUUCCAGUGGGUUCAUGAUAGAGUUCGAGAAGCAGCGUACUCUCUCAUACCAGAGGGGCGCGUGAGGCAAGAAAUGCAUCUUGAGAUUGGUCGCCAGCUUCGAUCUUUUAUGGAUAUCCAAGGAGAGCUUGGGGCAACCUCCGGCUUUUCAGAGGAAGAACUCUUGCUUCAUUGCAUGAAACAGCUGAACGCUGGUAAGACCUUCAUGACGGACAACUGGGAACUCCUGGACUUGGCCGACCUGAGUUUCCAGGCUGCGGAACAUGCUGCACAGCAACUCUCCUUCUCCUCGGCUAUGGAAUACUUGCAGCUUGGCAUUGACUGUCUACCACCUGAUUCCUGGAGAGAUCACUAUGAUCUCACACUCAAACUCCAUGUGGCUCUCAUGAGAAUGCAAUACUCGUUGACACGUCUUGAGGAUUGCGUGGAAUCCGCUGAAGAUAUUCUGGAGCAUGCACGUGUCUUCAAAGAAAAGCGAGCAGCGUAUCACACCAUUCUCCUGUCCAGGUUGCAACAACAGCGAUUUGGCCAGGGCAUCAAUUUUGGUCUCUCGGUUUUGGAUAAGGAGUUGGGUAUCAAGAUUCCUCAACGGUGCAUCCUGCCCCGCGCCAUUGUCGGCUACUUCAAAUGCGCCCGGCGCUUCAAGACCAUGUCAGACAAAGAGAUUAUGAGCAUGCCUAUGACUGAGGAUGAACGCACCCAGGAUGCCUCUGAGCUCUUUAUGCGGAUCUUUGAGUUGUCUUUUAACGGCGACGACGACUUUGCGGCAUAUGGAAUCUUCCUGGGGGUAAAGAUGAUUGAGUACCUUUUCCAGGACGGUCCUGGACCAGUCACCUUUGUCGCCUUGGUUGCGUUUGCACAAAUAGCUGUCUUCCUUGAUGACUUCGAGACUUCCGAGCGGUCCCACAUGCUUGGUUUGGCUUUUCUUGAGCGCGGAAGAAAGCUCUACCCGAGCCUGGCUGCGAGAUGGGAACUGUUGCACGGCGUCUCAGCGCCACUGGGAAGCCAUCCUGUCCAAGAUACUGUCGAGUCAAUGAGGAGAGCCAUGGCAGAUAUGAAGGAACUGGGUGCAUUGGACUAUAUCUUUAUGGAUAGCAUGGAGUAUCUGAGACGAUGCUUUGUUGCUGGUAAACCCUUGGGUUGGGUAGCACAGCAGUGUGAGAAGCAUUGUGAGCUUCUCAAAGACUACAAGCAGAACUUGCAAUGGAUCAACAACGCUCCAUUACACCAGGCCGUACAAAAUCUCCGGCUGAAAGAUGUGGACGACAACGUGACAGAACUGGCCGGGGAGCACCUGAACAAAGCAGAUGUGCCCCUUGAUAGCAGUCCCAUGGCGCUCUACCAUUACCACUUUUACACAAUGGUGCUUUGUUACCACUUCAAUGACUACCACUCUGCCAAGACUAUGAUCAAGCGUUUGCCCAAGGACAUUUGGAUGUCAGGAGUGGCAUUUUUUGUCCCUACACGUAUUCUUUAUACGGGCUUGGUCUAUACCGGCCUCUGUCGGACAUCGCAACGCCAACGAUUCAAGUACCGCUCUCGAGCUCAAUCUGCCAUGAAACAUCUUCGUGGUUGGGCAAGCAAGGGUGUCCUCAGCUGCGAGUAUAUGUCAUACUUGCUGCAGGCAGAACUGUUGGCCUGCCCCGUAGUUGGCAAGGUCAAUUUCUCGAAUGUCCUCGGCCUUUACGACAAGGCCAUCGCUUCCGUCACAGAACUUGGCAUCCUCCAUCACAUUGCUCUUGCCAAUGAGCUCGUGGGCAUGUUUGCCUGGAAGCACGGAGGAGGAGGAUCAGGACUCGCUGGCAGCUACAUGUUGGAAGCACAACGUUACUAUGCCGAGUGGGGAUCUCGAGCCAAAGUUCAAGACGUGCAGAAUCGUUUUGGUGACGUUUUGAAUAUGAAAGGCAAACAGUCUCAACUACCAUCCUCAUUGGUUCGUUCGGUGGGAACGACCGUGACUGUCACUCAGGAUGAGCCUUCCUCGACGAGCUCGAUACGAAUUCAAUAG